GGGGGCGCAGCGGCAGUGGGAGGGUUCGAUUCCAGCCCGCAGACCUCUCCGGACUCCGCGCCCUGCACGCACGCACCUACGCACGCACCCACGCACCAGAAUUUGAAUGGCAUCUUCACUGAGGAGUCUGGUCACUGAUGACAGCAGGUACCAGAAAUGCUUCCAGCUGUUUCUGGAGCGCUCCUCUGAGCAUCAGAGCAUGAGGGACUUCAUCCACAAUAUGCUGCCAGAUAUACUGGGCAGCAUUGGAAAUGGAAAGUCCCACCUAAAUAUGAUAGGAGUUGGAAGUGGAGCAGGUGAGAUCGACCUGGAGAUGAUCUCAGAGCUCCGUCUGAAGCACCCGGAGGUGACUGUGGACAACGAGGUGGUGGAGCCCAGCGGCACCCAGCUGCAGAGCUACAGAGCUUUGGUGUCACAGAAGCCCGGUUUGGACCACGUCAAAUUCAGCUGGAACCAGAUGACGGCCACCGAGUUCGAGGAGCACUGGAGAGCGAAAGCGGUGACCAAGAAGGCCGACUUCAUUCACAUGAUACAGAUGCUGUACUAUGUGAAGGAUCCUGGAGCGACCAUCAACUUCUUCAGGAGUCUCCUGGACAACAAUGGAAAGCUUCUCAUCGUUCUGGUGUCCGGUGCGAGCGGCUGGGGGAAGCUGUGGCGGCGCUACAGGACUCACCUGUGUCACACGGAGAUCAGUCAGUGCGUGACCGCCGGGGACAUCACGGCCCUCCUGGACCGCCAGGGCGUGAGCUACCAGAGCUACGAGCUGCCCUCGCAGAUGGAGAUCACCGAGUGUUUCGCCGAGGGCGACGAGAAGGGGGAACUUCUGCUCGAUUUCCUCACCGAGGUGCUGGACUUCAGCAAGACGGCGCCGCCGGAGCUGAGGGCCGGCGUUUUGGAGCUCCUUCGCCACCCGGACUGCAGCGUGGAGUCCGGCGGGAAAGUCGUCUUUAACAACAACCUCGGGGUGAUCGUCGUUGAUUAGGAGAACUAAGCCCUUCUUUUAGUCAAUGUCAAGUUGCUGGUUUCCACACAUUGUACCGUGUCAAAUGUACAUGAGGAACGACUCGUCAGCCUCUGCCCCCCCCUCUUGAUUUGUUCCAUAUUUGCACAAAAAAUGAAAAUGAAUGGAUUGUGAUUUUUCUUUUUCAAACACACUUUGUUCAAGUGUCAUGAGCCGGAAAAUGUGAACCAGCCCCGUAUUCCAUCAUGGUGGCAUGUUAAUGGUCUACAGCUGGUACCCUGGACCACCAGCCCUCACACUGCAUCACAUUAGUGUGGAAGUAAGAAGAUACAUUUCCAUCAAGAUCGAGAACUUGGAGAAAAAGGACUCUCCUGUUUCAGUGCCUAUGUACUAGAACUGUUGCAGAUUAGACCUUAAUAAACAAAAUGAUAUUAAA